AUGAAGUUCCUCGCCAUUGGCGCUCUGCUCUUCGGGGCGGUGGCUGCAUUUGCAACAGAUCAUAUCCCACAGGGCGCAAGUCUCAUUGCAGCAAACGAUGUUUCUUCGUUGAAAGGCUGUGGAGCUCAUGGCCAAAAAUAUCCCAAUCGCCGGACGGUGACGAUCCGAGCAUCCAAGAACGACAAGGAUGAUAUUUCGGACGAUUUCCUCUGGGCGAUGAAGCGGGCAAAUCAUGGCGGUCGGGUGCUUUUGAAGAAAGGAAAGACAUAUGUUAUUGGCAAAAAGCUCGACUUGAGCUUCUUGAAUGACAUCGAGGUCCAAUUAGAAGGCGAGAUCAAGUUCACCGAUGACAUCAAAUAUUGGCAAGCCAAUAACUUUUAUUAUGAUUUCCAAAAGUCAAUCACUUUCUGGGUGUGGGGUGGCCAGGACAUUAAGAUCUUUGGACACGGUACCUUGAACGGCAAUGGCCAGGCAUGGUACAACGCUUUUGCCGGGCGGGAGAUUUUGGACUCGAAAAAUACCUUUUACCGACCCAUCUUGUUCCUGACCGACAAUGCGACCCGCAUCAGCGUGGAAGGAAUCACCCAGCUCAACUCCCCGUGCUGGACCAACUUUUUCGUGCGGACUAAUGAUGUUUCCUUCGAUGAUGUCUUCAUCAAUGCGUACUCGACCAAUGCAUCUGCCUUGCCUAAGAAUACCGACGGUUUUGACUCCUUGAAUGUCAACGGACUUCGAGUUACCAAUACCCGCGUGGACAUUGGCGACGAUUGCUUCUCGCCCAAGCCCAACACAUCGAAUAUCUUUGUGCAAAACUUGUGGUGCAAUAACACCCACGGCGUAAGCAUGGGCAGUAUUGGACAGUAUGCAGGUGUCAAGGAUAUCAUCGAGCAUGCUUACAUUGAAAAUGUGACCCUGCUGAAUGGUCAGAACGGCGCUCGUCUUAAGGCUUGGGCCGGUGAGUCCGCCGGUUACGGUCGAAUCAACAACAUCACCUACCGCAACAUCCACAUCGAAAACACCGAUCAGCCGGUGGUCUUGGAUCAGUGUUACUUUAACAUCAACUCGACGGAGUGUGCAGCCCAUCCCUCUGCCGUAAACUUUACCAACAUCGUCUUUGACAACAUCUACGGUACAUCUUCCGGCAAAAAGGGCAGAGAGGUUGUUGAUUUGACUUGCUCGCCGAACGCUGUGUGCGCGGAUAUUCACCUGUCUCGUAUCAACUUGACGGUUCCACCUUUGAUCAGUUGCAAUGGAAUCCAGGGUGAAGUUGGCGUGCCUUGUACCAAAUCAACAUAG